GCAUGUGUCGCCAUAGCCCUGCUCAGCUCUUGCUUCCAUUCAGGGCUAUGGCUGAGUGGGCAAAAGCCCUGGCGGGCAUUAAAGGGCUGCUAUUAGACAUCAGUGGGGUCCUUUAUGACAGUGGAGGCGAAGGAGGCGGAGUCCCCAUCCCUGGAUCUAUAGAGGCUGUCAAAAAGAUCAAGGCAUCUGGUCUGAAGCUGCAAUUCUGCACCAAUGAAACUCAAGCUACUCGAGAAAAGUUUGUAGAAAAGUUGCAGCGUUUGGGCUUUGACAUUGUAGUGAAUGAAGUCACAGCUCCAGCACCAGCAGCCUGCCGAAUUCUGAAAGAACGUCACCUGAGGCCACACCUCCUUGUCCAUGAUGAUGUUGUCCCUGAAUUUGAUGGCAUUGAUAAGGCAAGCCCAAACUGUGUGGUGAUCGGUGAUGCAGCUGACAACUUUUCUUACAAAAAUCUUAAUGAUGCCUUCAGAGUUCUCAUUGGUCUGGAGAAUCCAGUUCUGCUUUCUUUAGGAAAAGGACGCUAUUAUAAAGAAACUGAUGGUCUGAAACUCGAUGUUGGAGUGUACAUGAAGGCAUUAGAGUACGCCUGUGAUAUCCAAUCAGAAGUGGUAGGAAAGCCAGCCAAAAUGUUCUUCCAGUCAGCCUUGACAGAAAUGGGCAUUGAACCUCACCAGGCCGUCAUGAUUGGAGAUGAUAUUGUAAACGAUGUGGGAGGUGCCCAGCAGUGCGGCAUGAAAGCUCUCCAAGUACGGACUGGAAAAUACAGUUUGUUUAUGCAUACACAUCCAACCCCCGCUUUCAAAUGUAUGGGUCCAAAGCCAAUGAUGGAAGACAAGUUUUUCCCAGAUGGUUUGAAAAAUACAUUUUGCUCCACCAAAAUAAGAGAUAAAUUUACUCUCUUGCCUUAUAUAGGCCUUGUGAUGAACAACACCCAGAAGUGACUGCAGAUGGCUAUGUGAACAACCUUGCAGAAGCUGUAGAUGUAAUUCUAAAGCAACUGCAUAAAUAAAGGCGCCUCUGAUUGUAACAGAAAGCUGAAACAUGCCUAAUUGAACAUGUGGACAUUUCUGUACACCUUUAAAAAUUUAUCUUCUCUCAGCUUUGAUGCAGUAGCCACUCACAGUAUAUAUGUGCCUCAAAAGACUAGCUCUUCUAACAAGUAGCUCAUACUGAGUAGCUAAAAUACUAGUCAUUGUCAAGCAAACAACAAGGAAAAAAAUUGAAGACUGAUGUGUUCUAUGCCCUCCCUCCCCAAAUCUUUUCAGUCUUAACUGUCUGGUUGGGUACAUCUAACCAUAUUAUUUCACUGGGACCUAUUUCUUCUCCUGUUUUGUUUUUGGAACACAAUUCAGAGGAAGUGGUCAUUUUGUCUCUAGGCUAAUCUCCUAAAGAAGUUAGUGCCAAAUUUGUCUAGAUCUUAAUUGAAACAUGACUAACUUGCAUCCCUAUGGCUUUGCUGACAUUUGGAAAGUUCAGAGUUUCAUGCACAGAUUCCCACUCAAAACUGGAGAAAAAGCAUUGUCCUAAAAAUGAAGAGAGAUAUGUUAGCAAGGCUGUUUUGCCAGCAACCUCAUUACAUCCAGCCCCACACGAUUUUUUCCAGGAUGUUCUGGAUCAUACAAAUUUGCAGCAAAAACUGAUUCCGCGCUAUUCUAAUGGUUGCACAUUGUAGCAGCAACAAGAGCUCUCCUCCCCACUUCUGGAAGAGUUAAGAAUGUGUCUUUUAAAAAUCUGUUUUAAUAAGCCAGUCGUAGAAACAUAAUGCAAAGCAUUUAACCAUUUUUUAAAAGUUGCAUGCAACCUUUCUGAAGUAUAGUAGGAGGGACAACUCAGGUGUCUGAGACAGCAUUUGAUUCACUGCUAUGGACAUCUGUUAUUUCAGUUGCAAAACUAGGCUCAAAGACCCACUGUGGGUUUUCUUUUUAUAACACAUCUGUCUUCUUUAAUCUUAAAAAUGAGCACUUGUUCUCAGACAACUGAGUGGGUUGUUUCAAAGCUAGUCCGUGUGAUUAUUCAGGCUGCUUUCAAAAAGUCUUGGACAUGUAACUGCUAUGAACCAGGGUAGAUCUGUGCCCAACAUUUCUGAGGAAUGUUUCCCCCUGUAUUUGCAUUCUUGACAAUGUUGAUGUGUUGAGAUUGCUUCAUCUUCCACCACUACCCUGAGAAACACAGCUAUUUUUAUGUUUACUCUCAUUGUCUUGGAAAGAGCUCAGGCUCCCAUGACUACUCUGCUUCUGUCCUCAUCACAUUGCUUUUGUCCUCUAAGAAUAGCUGUGCAUGUUGAGAGCUAUCUUGUGAUGGCUGAAUAGCGAGCUGAAAGAACUGGUGUCGGGUUUCUUGGGUUCAGAGCCAAAUGAUUAUACCCUCUGUUGCUGCUGCAGCUUUAAAGUCAUCUUGGAUUAAGAAAGAGAUAAUAACAUAAUUUUGGCUUUCCUUAGCAUUGAAUCACAAGCGUACUGCACCUCCUCUUUUUUGCCAUUUCAGCAUGCUCUUGGAUGGCAUUUGAAAUGAAAAUCAGUUGACUGGAAUAGCAACACUCCUUCCAUCUUCAUUUCUGGACUAUUUAUGAUCUGUAGUGGACAGAUUUGGGUGUCUAUUUGAUCCUCAUUUCAUAUCAAAUCCUCUUUUCUUAUGUGUUAAGAGACCAGAAUUCUCUUAGUGAUUUAACAUUUGUAUUUUGGGGAGAUAUUGAAGAAGGGGAGAUACUGUACCUCACCCCAUAUCUAAGAUGUGGAACAGCAGUCAAAGGGCUGAAGGGAACAGCUCUGCCUCUCAGACAUCAGUUGGUUCUCCUUCUCCAGCUGCACAAGGACACUCAGGAUGCAGUGGGAUGAGACCCCACAGAUGAAUGAUGGAUGAGGGGACAGAGUUGUACCUGUAAGACUGCAGGCUGCUGUUGUGCAACCAGGAAUGAAGUGUGGAAGAGGGAGCAGGCUCCCCACUUAAGCAACAGUGUGAGCAUACUGUCAAAGACAUCAGAUCUCAGCCUGUUGAAUCUGAUCCUUUAGUAAUUUGGAGGUCCAUAAAUCCUUCUGUGUAAGGAUUUAUUUUUUGACAUGAACUGUUGGGUCAUGUGAGUUCUUACAUGCAGCCUGAAGUGAUACAAUGCAGAGAGUUAUGACUUAUAGUGAUGUGUGCAAAAUUAGGCCAUUGUUCCCUGCCCCCAUUUUCCUUCUGUCGUCAAAAAUAUACCAAUGUACAUUGUCUACAUUCAUACCUAAAACAUUUCUAUUUGCUGCAUGCCUAUUUCUUUGUUAACUUUUCCCACCCAUUUUCUUUCUGUACCUAAACUGUAUUUCCAAAUGUUUUCAAGUUAACCGACUGGUUACAAAAUGAGCAAGUCAUAUAUAAAGAACAAGCAGGAUUCAGAAGUGGAAGUAUUUCCAAAUGCUUGAGUGAAGUUUUUAAGUUACUGCAAUAUUGGAAAUUUGGGCAACAGAGGAAAAAUCUGUUAUCCAGAAUUCGGGGGGGGGGGGGCAGUGACCUUAUUUUGCUCUCCUACCAUCACUGUUGCAGACAUAGGUUUAUGGCCUCAGUGGUGAAUAUAAUACAUCACCAGGGUUUGGGUUCUGGGCCUCUCAACAGAUAGGAAAAAACAUGGGAGCUCAAGCUCGUAUUAGUUGAUGAGUUGCAACAUGCACAAACCCGCAUCAGCAUGCCCAUGGGAGUGUGCUGCCAUUGGUUAAUAUAGGGUAGAGCAAUGCACAGGAGCUCCAGUCCAUGGAUUUCUAACCUGCCAAUAUCACGGGCUCACUGUGUGACCAUAGUUUUGAUGUGAUGAUUUGUAAAUGGCAAGGUAAGUCUUUAUUGGGCCCUGGAGCAACUCAUUUCCUCACAAGUGCUAAAUCUGUUGUGAUGAACACAACAAUUAGCAAUUAUAUAUUUUUUAAAAAUAACUAAAGAACAGGUGGUGGUGGUGUGCCUUUAGGUUGUUCCUAAUUUACCAGAGGACCUAAUCCAUGUUAAGACUCUGGAGGGAGGUAGGAGGGCUUUAACCAAUGGGUGGAGCACCUUUUCUACUUUGUGGACUAAAUUCCAGUUUGGGAAGCAUCUGUAUGUCCAGCAGUGGGUGGGUCUAAGUGUACAAGGUGGAACCAAAACAAUGUGGGCAGGGCCAGGUAGACUCCUUAGCAAUAUGGAUAAUUUCAACCUAUGUAAGUACACCACAGCCAAAUUGUAUAUCUUCCAUUUGAAGAGUGAACCUUAGUACAACAGCUCUCCUGACUGCAAAGCAGAGCUCAGUUCUGUGCUAGGUCAUCUUCAGCCACUGAUCUGCUGACUCAAGGUAACAGGAGAGGAAGCCUUCACACCAGAGGUGGAACAUCCACUGACUGCAUCCAGUCAGGUCCCCCAUCCCAUGCUUUCUCUUUCACUGGAUCUAGAUCAGAGCCGCAACACCUGCUGUUUGCUUUUGGAGGAAUAGAUGCAAAUUCCUGAUCCAGAUUGGCACAGCAUCAAGGACCAUAAAAUUAAAGCUUUCAGAUUUCCCACCAUAAUCCCAAUCUAAAAAGGGCCUCUGGCAUUUGCUAUUUACUCUUUUAGAAAGCAUUUAUGUAGUUACUAACUGCAUGGAUUAUAGUCAUACACUGAGUUUUGCCCUAAGGUGAAUUACAAAACAAUACAGUAGUAUGCAAAGUAAGUGCAUAAUAUUGAUGUUCUUUUGGAUUGAUACUUCAGGUGCCUUCAGAGGUGGUUUCAGGUUUCUCAUAAUAAUCCCUAAAUGUGUUUGUGUGUCUUCUAUUGACAGUUGCCUGAAGUGGCAGUUGGUUUUAUCACAACAAAACAUAAAUUCUGUUACAGAUAUAGUCAUAAUAGCAUUGAUCUGCAGUAACAUGUCUGGCUUUACUUUUUGUAGCAGGUUAAUUUAACAAAUAAAGAUAUGUGGUUUAUGAUUCCCUCUAAUGAGAUCAGA